GAACUCCGUCUGUCGAUACGCAAUUUACGUAUAUGGCACAUGCGCAGUAUCGUCACCUAAGAACAGCCUUUUCUAUGCUGCGCGUCUAACGACUAGCACCCAAACGAGGAUCAAGAUGCAGCUCUUCCUGCGUGCCCAGAACACUCACACCCUUGAGGUGACCGGUCAGGAAACUGUGGGACAAAUUAAGGCUCACGUCCAGACUCUGGAGGGUCUCCUCGUGGAGGAUCAGGUGGUGCUGCUCGCAGGUUGCCCCUUGGAAGAUGAUGCCUCACUUGCAUCGUGCGGCAUUUCUGAGCACUGCACCUUGGAGGUCGCCGGCAGGCUCCUGGGAGGUAAGGUCCACGGCUCUCUGGCCCGUGCUGGAAAAGUGAGAGGCCAGACCCCCAAGGUGGAUAAGCAGGAGAAGAAGAAGAAGAAGACUGGCCGCGCCAAGCGUCGCAUCCAGUACAACCGACGCUUCGUCAAUGUGGUGCCCACCUUUGGCAAGAAGAAGGGACCCAAUGCCAACUCCUAAGAAGAGUGCGUGAUGACCAUACCGAGCCGUUUUGGCACAGUUCAAAUGUUUUCCUGCUGUGAAUAAAACGUUAAAACUCGGCA